UAUUGAAAGCAAUGAAGAUGAAAUAAUUCACAAUAUAUAUGAUCUUAAAAAGCUCAUUGCUCUUAAAUUUAGAAAUAAGAAAGUAGAAAAUCAUGUUGAGUUCACUAUAACAGUAAAAAUUGAAGAUGAAUUAGUUAAUGAAAAAAAUUUAAGCUUGGAAUUUAAUAAGUAUGUAGAAGAUAAGAAAUUUCAUGCUAUGAUUAAAUCAUUACUUAUACCUCUUCAAGCAGACUUUAGUUAUUAUUAG